AUGAUCGUGCCAUCCUUUUUAACCUCGCCACCAGAGAUCAUUUGUCGAGUCUUCGAAUGCGCAGAUGAUUUCGACACAGUGUACGCCUUGAGUCGGACGGCACAUGUCUUUAACAAUAUCUGGCACAAACAUAUCACUACUAUCUUUGAUGCCGUUACGCUUCACACUUUUACAAACCUAGCUGAAGCAGAGCAAUUAGCUACAGUACAGGAAGAAAUUGAGUCGUCAAAGCAGUUUGACAAGAACCAAAACAACAGCAAAAUCACUCGCAUCAAACGGCUUUUAUUCAACGCUCGCUGUGCUUUAUCCGCUUGUGAAAGCUGGAUCAACGUAUGUAAGAUAGAAUUCUACCCACGUAGAGGAGACGAACCACACAUGAGACCUUCCGAGCGUCAACGCUUCGAGCGGACAUUCUACAACGUCUGGAGGCUCAGCAUCAUGGCUCAUACUCCACGUCUACUACCAGAAGCAUCACAGUAUCUCAAAGAACGUAAUCCGCGAGAAUUAUAUACACUUCAUGAGAUGUCAAUGUGGAUGACCUAUUACAACGAGAAUGACUCGUGGAAGUUGGAUUUUCAGGAUGAGACGUGGAGGGCUGGGUGUGGGCUUAUUUCUGAGAUUUGGCAAAAGACUGGACUGGUGUCUACGUAUCUUGAUUAUACGCCUUUGACGUUUUAUGCGUUUUUUGAUCAUACGCAGUGGGAUCUUGAGAAGCUUGCUGAUCAUUGGUGA